UAAAGGUUCGGAUCCCCGCGCGGAUUUCUCGGACCGGCCCUCUGUCCAUGGCUUCCUCGGACCCGCGCGGAUGCCUCGGAUCGGACUGGCGGCGCCUCUGGCGCCGCCCCUGGGGUGUCCAGCGCCGAGCCAAGGAAUCCGCGCGGAGCUCCGACAGUUUAUGCUGCUCUCAUGUCGCAACAAGGCAGUGUCCGACCACCCUCGUGUUGUCCCUCGUUCUGGCCCCUGGGGCCCACUCUCUUGGGCCCCGGGACCGUCCACACCGACUCCUGGGGCGAAGGACUGACCCGGGGGGAGCGGAAGCGACAACACCCCGCGGGCCGCGGCUUCCAAGAAGCAGAGCGGCAGGCGCCAGGGAGCAGCGGGCCGAGCCUCGCGGGGCGCGGCAGGCGCCAGGGAUUGGCGAUCGAAGCCUCGCGGGCCGCGGAUUCCGAGGAGCAGGUCAGGCUCUCGCCACGCCGUACCGCGUGGCCCUGGGCCUGGCGCACGGGACUCCGAGGCACUACGCGUUCGCCCUCCCCGAGGGCGGCCGCAGGGCGUACAUCUCGGACAUCUACGCGAGCCUCAACGAGGCGGGCGAGAUGCUGCCGCAAGAGGAGUGCGAGCUCGUCGUGCAGGAGGCCCUCCUCGCGUUCCGCCACAACAUCGACGUCUACAGCGAGGAGCCGCUGUAUCUCGACGCGGCGCGGGGCGUCGCGAACAUGUGCAGCGGCUACGUGGCGUCCAGGGUUCGGGCUUGCGAGACUAUGUGGCGCUCGUCUUGAGGGGGCGUGCACGCGGCGGAGAAGAGGGCGAGCAGUGAAUCGUGAAGACGGGGCUUCGGACGGCAAGGCGUGUCGCAGCAUUGUUGCUACACCUUGGGUUCGCUCUGGUCCUCCUCCCUCCUUCUCCGCCU